CGCGCCGAGAGUCAGUCACCCAUUGGCCACAAUGCCUCCCUUCAAGGAUGACCAGAUAAUAGUGAUUGCGCCGGGUUCGCAGACGACCCUGGCGCAGCUUGGCCUGCCAGAGUCUUUCACCCCAGCGCGUGUGCGCCUUCGGUCGCGCAUGUUCCCGGCUGAGAAGGAAGGGGAAUUCGAGCCGUACAAGAUCAGGCGGCGGCAGGAUAAGCCAGCGGAGAAGCCAGCAGGGCAAGAUGUCGGCGCGCAGGGCGAGGCCAAGCCAACCGCAGACGGCGAAGACGAGAUCGUAUGGGAAGAAGACCGUAUUUCAGAGGAAGGCGCGAUCUGGCCGAUUCAGGAGGGCAAGAUUACGGACUGGCCCUGCUUCUUCGCGCUCAUCACACACGUCUACAACACCCUGAACCCGCCAUUCCACACCGCAAUCCUCCUCAUUACCCAACCCGCAUGGACGCCCCGAGAACACGAGAAGCUUGCGCAGUUCUUCUUCGAGAAGUUCAAGACGCCUGCAUUCGGCCUCAUGGAUGCGGCGCUGGCUACAACAUGGGCAUAUGGAGUACACACAGCAACAAUCAUCGACGUGGGCAAGGGUAAGACCGACGUUACCGCCGUGAGCGAGUUCAUCCCCCACGUUCAAGGACGCGUUGUGUCGCUGCCCGGCAGCGGAGGCGAAGCAUUUACCGAGGCACUGCACGCCAAGCUGAAAUCGAAGGGCAUCAACCGAGACAUGUGCGAGCAAUUGAAGAAAUCGCCCAUCUGCGAAAUCCUUCCCGAAGGUACACCACUUCCAGGAAGCGGAAAGACAAACGAGCCAACCAUCACAAAUCCAGCUGCGGCAGCUUCCACCGGCGCACUCAGCUCUGGACCUGCGGCAGCAGCAGCCAUCGGCAACGUGCCCCGAGGCCCAGGGCCCGACACCGAGGUCGGCGAAGAGGAUGGCGCGGAGAAUGAGGGCGUCCUUGAUGUAGCCAGCAUCGUGGCCGGCGGCAAAAUGACAGAGUAUCUCGCUAAGAAGGAGAAAGAGAAGCAGGACAAGUCAAACGCAAAGAAAAAGGGCGCCCCAGCACCUGACGCCAAUAAGCCCGUAAGGUUACCAAACGCGAGACGAGAGAAGGCUACGUUCAUGUACGAAGAUCAUGCGCUGCUCGAUGCGUUGAAGAAUUCAGAUCUGGGCACGCAAGGGAUGGCGGAUGCGAAGGCCGCACUCGAUGAGGGCCCGUCUAAGAAGGCACAAGACGAUGGUGAGAACGGAGAGACCGCAGACUCCAACGGCUCUGGCGAGGCAGCUCCUUCACGGUCAGGUCACAUUAGACGUGAGAUCGAAGUUGGCACUGAGCGAUUCUUGGCGGGCAGCGAUGGUACGCUGGAGAAGAUUGCAGACGCCGUGCACCGAGCCAUAUCCUCCGUGGACGAGGUUAACAAGCGCAGCGAGCUCUGGGAUUCACUCGUUAUUUGCGGCAACGGAUCGAGACUGCGAGGCUUCAAAGAGGCGCUGCUUCAGGUGCUUCAGAUGAAGUACCUCAUUUCACCAUCGUCAGCCACCAUCUUCACAUCGGAAAUCCCGUCGAACAUUUCCACUCCUGCCGGAACAGGCGCGAACACGCCGCAACCGCAGCUUGGUCCUCACGGCGGCUCAGGAGUCAACCCUCUCUUGUUUGCAGCCACGACCGCCCAGUCUCAGAACUUUAUGCCCCACGGCGGUAACCCCCUUAUGCCGAGCAUGUCCCAUAACGCACACUCAUCUCACGGUCAGACGCCGACAUCGAUCAAGACUGUGAAACCACCAGAAUACUUUCCGGAGUGGAAAGAUGUGGGCUUUGACGAAUCAGCAUUUCUCGGCGCUCAGGUCGCCGCCAAGGUCAUCUUCGUUGUUGACCAAGGUCAGAGUAAGGGCUACAUGACCCGGCCUGAUUACAACGAUCAGGGUCCCCAGGGCAUCCACGACUACAGUCUUUAGGGAAGGCUGGCAGUGCGUGGCCUUGGCGUUUCUCAAGCAGUGUAGUUGUUUGUAUACCUAGAUUGGAGUUGGGCUACGAUAUCCUGGCACAGGAACAAAAGGAGUCUGCAGAGGUGCUACAAAUCGAAAUGUUCAAACACAUGAUCGAGACAUGUGCCCAUCAUCUACCUCAUCCAGCUGUGCCAAUUCACGUGCUGUUUCGUGCGUUCUUUUGGUGCACGUGGAGCCGGCCGCAUUCUUCGGUGGCCUCCGCCUUCAGGCUGGGCUUGCCACACUUAGC